ACCGCUCUUCCGCCCAGUCACCAAAACACAACCUUACGACGGCCUGCUCCCAGGGUGCUCGAGAACUGCUGUUCGCCAUUACACUAGGUGUGCUUCUAAUUUUUGCAACGUUGCUGCUGCUCCUAGGCAUACAAGUAUGCGUGAGCCCUCGGUCACGAUUGUUAAGUCCUGGUUUCCAAUGUUCUCCCGCGUCGUUGAUCCGUCUCCUCUCACACAUCCAAACGUUUCUGGGUACGUGUCUGUCGAACGUUACGCCUCUCACGACUCUGCACGCUUCCGUGCCACUUCUCCAGUACCACGCAAUGCAGCCUGUCCGAACGUUGAUCGACGCUGUUGCGCUCUCUUUCAACGACAGUGCUGCUUCCGCCACCUGAUGCGGCAUGCGAUGCGUUACCUAUGCGAUAAGAUCCAUGGACGAGAGCAAUCUGCCAGCUCGAAGCAUCGAUUGUUGAUACUAUACCCGAAAACCGUUCAGACGAGAGCUUGCACGUGUACGUUUUCACGGUGUCGAGUACCCACCGGCCGCCUCCGAUGUAGCGGUGGAAGCCCUGCGGUUUUCUCCACACAGCCACCGCCGCUACCCGCCUCAUCGAUGCAUCAAAGCCGCGAGCUGACCCCGAGCCGCAUAAUCUCACCUGCUGAGUAUUCUCAUCUUCUCUAAGACUGGUGUAUAUCUUGAACACCGUCCUCUUUGGUCCGGCAAGGCAGACGAGUGCUGCUGAGCCGCAUCCAUCCAGCCUCACCACACGUGACCUCCGGUGAAUCGAGCACACCCGCAGACAUCUACCAGCUUGACCAUCCGAUACUAUCGAGUGUUGAUCA